AUAGACCACCACUAACGUGACGUGGAACGAAAAAAAACGAAGCGAUACGAAGCCGAGCCGACGUCAGAUUCAUAUUGCUAUUUCACCGCUCACAUUUUCCAGGUCAUCAAUCGCAGUCGGUCCCGAGACAAAAAGAUCAAAAUGCCCGCUCCUGCAAGUUCAACGUCCGUGGGCAGCGGAUCCCGCUCGCCCAGCAAGCUGACGGCGCCACGUAGCGCUGGAGCUGGGGGCGGAAGCACGCUGAAGCAGCGCAAGACCACCAGCAGCACCACGGCGGCCAGGAGUCGCGCGCCCGGCGGAGCCGGAACGGGUGGCAUGUGGCGCUUCUACACCGACGACUCCCCCGGCAUCAAGGUUGGUCCCGUGCCCGUCCUGGUCAUGUCGCUGUUGUUCAUUGCUUCCGUCUUCAUGCUGCACAUCUGGGGCAAAUACAAUCGUUCUUAAGCCAUUUCAUUCGUAGCAAAUAAAUACUUUCACCUCAACGAACGUGAACAGUGUCGACGUCAUCAUUUCUUUCGCGGCGACGGCGAUAACAAGAGCAGCAACAACAACAACAACAUGAGAAGUAAGCAUUCCGCUUGUUGAGGCAUCGGUGUGUUUUCCACAUGAAAUUAAUUAUACCUUAAGCAUAAGUUAAAAACCUGCGUAAACGUACAUUUUUUCAAAAUUUCGUCGUAACUUUCCUGUCCGCCAAAUCCUGUGAAAAUGAGUGCUUUUCGCGGGCUGAGAAUUCAUUCCACAAUUUAUCGUGGUCAUGUGCAUUAGAGAUUCCGCGCGCAGCCGUUGCAAUUCAAAACUUUGUAAGAAGACAUUAAAAGAAAAGUGUUAAGAACAAAA